AUGACAUUUGGAGGUAAAUUUUCAGGUUCAGCGAUGGAGCAAUUCAGGCAAAUGGGAGAGGUUUUGGGGAGUUUGAAGGCAUUUAUGGUGUUCCGGGAAGAUAUUCAGAUCAACCAGAGGCAAUGCUGUUUGUUGCUGGAUGUUCUCGACUUGGCUUAUCACACAGUAGCAGAAGAGAUGAAGCAGAAUCUUCGAUUAGACGAGAAGCAUACAAAAUGGAAAAUUCUUGAACAGCCCCUGAGGGAGUUGCACGGGGUAUUCAAAGAAGGAGAACACUACGUAAGACAGUGUUUGGACACGAAAGAAUGGUGGGCUAAAGCCAUUAUAUUCUAUCAGAACACGGACAGCGUUGAGUUUCACAUCCAUAACUUGCUCUGCUGCUUUCCAGUGGUCAUUGAAGCCAUUGAAAUUGCAGGAGAAAACUCGGGUUGGGACCAGGAUGAGAUACAGAAGAAGAGGGUAUUGUUCUCCACGAAGUAUCAGAAAGAAUGGCAAGACCCGAAACUCUUUCAAUGGAGAUUCGGGAAGCAGUAUUUGAUCUCUAAGGACUUCUGCAGCCGGGUAGAUGAAGUUUGGAGAGAAGAUAGGUGGAUUCUCCUCAACAAAAUCCAAGGGAAGAGACCUUCAGGUUCAGUGAGCUUAACAAAGUAUGAACAACGACUCAGGGAUCUCCUUUUCAAGAACUUGGAUGUGUCACAGCCUUUGAAUGGGAAGCUCCUACCGAGUUCAAUCCUACUGGGCUCUAAGGACUACCAGGUGAGGCGGCGGCUAGGGAGCGGGAGCCAGUACAAGGAGAUCAUGUGGUUGGGUGAAAGCUUUGCUUUAAGACACUUCUACGGGGAGAUUGAGCCUCUUGUCCCUGAAAUAUCCCAACUCUUGUCCCUCUCCCACCCGAAUAUAAUGCGCUUACUUUGUGGGUUCAUUGAUGAGGAAAAGAGAGAGUGUUUUUUGGUUAUGGAACUAAUGUAUAAAGAUCUCUGCAGCCAUCUCAAGGAGAUAUGUGGACCAAGGAGGAGACUUCCAUUUUCUCUUCCUGUUGCAGUUGAUCUUAUGCUUCAAGUUGCAAGAGGAAUGGAGUAUCUCCACUCAAAGAAAAUCUACCAUGGGGAUCUAAAUCCUUCUAACAUUCUUGUUAAAGCAAGGAGCAUCUCCACAGAAGGGUAUUUGCAUGCCAAAGUUUCAGGGUUCGGUUUAUCUUCCACUAAAAACUUAAACCAGAAAACUUCUCCAAAUCAAGCUGUGAAUCUCCCGUUUAUAUGGCAUGCUCCAGAAGUUCUAGCAGAUCAAGAACAGCUGGGUAAAACUGGGAAUUUCAAGUACACAGAGAAGGCAGAUGUGUACAGUUUUGGAAUGGUUUGUUUUGAACUCUUGACUGGGAAAGUCCCUUUUGAGGAUAGCCAUCUUCAAGGAGAUAAGAUGAGUCGAAAUAUUAGGGCAGGGGAGAGGCCCCUUUUCCCAUCCAAUUCACCAAAAUACAUAACAAACUUGACAAAGAAAUGUUGGCAUACUGACCCGAAUCAGCGGCCAAGCUUCUCAUCCAUCUGUAGGAUUCUUAGGUAUACGAAAUGGUUCCUAGCUAUGAACCCUGAUCACAGCCAGCCAGAUGCCCCAGUGCCACUUGUUGAUUUCUGUGACAUUGAGGCAGGGCUUCUGAAGACGAUACCCUCAUGGAGAAGUUCUGAUCCACUGCCAAUAUCAGACAUCCCAUUUCAGAUUUUUGUCUAUAGAGCUGUGGAGAAGGAGAAAUUACAUGCAAUUCCUAAACAAAAGAGUUCAGAAUCAGGAAGUGAUGGAUAUUCAACCUGUGGAGAUGAGCCUCUGACCAUAAUUGAUGAUCCACCCCCACCCAUGACUGAAAAGAAGCCUUCAGUUUCUUCUGAAACUACGAGCAAAAAAAUUUCAGUCUUGAAGAAAUCUUCCAGUGUGAAAGUCAUUAAGCAAACAGGAACACCUAAAGGACAAUUGCUCAGACCUCCACUGAUGAGCCCAUGUGGGCGUACUAUCAGACUGAGCUCCGAGGGGCAUCUAGUGGCAAUGAUCCCAAAACCACGAAGAACACGUGGGCAUGCCUCAGAUUCUGAGCUCUCCUAGGCCUCGAUGUACAAAAUCAUUAUGCCAGCAGGAAAUCAUCAGUCCAACUUCCCAGACAAUCUGUGGUUGCCAGACCAGAAACAUUCCUUUCCUUCCCUUUGUCUUACAGUUUUGUUCCCACAAUCUAUGUAUCUAGUAUGUGAUUUAGGGUAGGAACAGUUUAGUCAGCAUAGACUAUAUCCCAAAAUCUGUGAUUCUGGAGAAGAGUUAUCUGAUCUGAACAACCACAGUUCUUAAUCUAUGAAAAAAUUCAAUUUCCUUUA